GUAACCGUCGGUCGUGGCUGAACUUUGGCUGAACGUCUGCGCGUCUUUUAAACGAUAACCGGGGGUUUUUUUGUUUUGUUUUGUUUUUGUUUAACCCGAGUGCUGAAUUCUAGGUCAUGUUGGACGCGUCUUAGUCUCGCUGCGUCUAGAUUCGUAAACAGCGUAAGCUGUCCGUCACCAUGGCCGCCUCGUGGACGGAGCGGCAGGGGCAGGUGGGCGACCUGAGAGUAAAGAGUAAAGAAGAACUUCACGAAAUACUUUUACGGCAGGACAAACUACUAUCCAACAAGAGAGUAGCUGAGAGCUUUCCUCUAGUUAUGCCGGGCAAAUGCUGAAGACGGCCUUUUGUCAAAACAUGUCCAUUGAUCCAUAAGACAAGGUCAUGGGAUGCUGGAGCCUAUCCCAGCAGUCAUUGGGCAGCAGGUGGGGCGACACUCUGGACAGGCUGCCAGUCCUUCAGAGGGCCGACACGUUCACAUCUAGGGACAAUUUAGUAUGGCUGAUUCACCUGACCUACAUGUCUUUGGACUGUGGACUGUGAGGUUCUUACAGAGUCUUCCGGAUAAAGGGAAAAGAAUAUCUGAAUUCGCAGAGAGAGUACGCCUCAUCAUCGCCGACCAGGAUGAGGAAGAGAGGAAGCGAGUCAUGCUGUCCUCUGCCAGGGCAGAGUUUCAGUCCAAGUACCAGCAGGCAUUCACUUCACACCAGCGUGGAGUCCACAAAAAAACCGGUGCCUUACAACAGGAGAGUCCAGGUGAGGAUGUUGCACUCCACGCUGUCCAGGAGAUGGAGGCCUCACCCAUCUCACCCCGCGUCCACGAAAACAAAACUGUCGACAAGCAACAAGAUCCCUCUGUGGCCGCUGAUGAAUCCAUGGAGACGACUGCUGCUGAGGCCGCUCUCAACUCCAACAAGCCUGGAGAAAGUGACCUGGUGGAGGCCUUGGAAAGGGUCAGACUGUCUGACACCACUGGCUCGGGUUCCAAAACAGAGUCCAAAGAGCCUUUAGAGGACACUCCAACACAAAAUGUGUUCCUUGGAAAGAAGCAACCAAAAAAGCCCCACUACAUAGAAGUUCUGGAAAAAACAGAGAAGGUUCCGGCCAACAGGAAACAGACAUUCAGAUUGAAUCAGCUGCCUCCCAAAGUCAACAAGUCCCCAUCAGGUUCCUUAUCACCAAGACAUUCACCUGGAGGUUCAUCACCACUCUCUCCACAAGCCAGGAGAGAAGAGGACAGGAAACACCUAGAUGACAUCACUGCAGCCAGGCUCCCUCCUCUCCACCACAGCCCUGCCCAGCUCGUCUCUCUGGAGGAGUCGGCAAGACUCCUGCAGGAGCAAACAAAGAGACACCAGGAGUUGCAAGCCAAGCUGGCUGCCCAGAAACUGUCUGAAGGGCUGAAGAUCACUAUGGAGAGCUACUCCCCCGACGGCGGCCCCAAGGCUGCCUACCGGGAGCAUCAUGAUGAUGGAGCCCAGCUCUCCUCUGAGGAGGACUAAUCCCUCAGGACCUAUAUGGGGGAGUAGCGUGGGGGGUGACAACAGGGCCCCUGCAGUCGGGGCCUGCGGAGGAGGAAAACCACUCCAAACACAAGAAGCUUUCUCAGGGUAGGACUGGUCAUGUGGAAGAUGCUUUGUGGAGGUCUGGUACCGGGUAUCUGGAAGGCUCGGCUCAGCAAACUGAAUGACUUGACGGUUCAGCCGGAUCGAUGAGUUUUCAUCGAGUCGGUAAUCUGAUGAGCUUUCUUCGGUCUUCAGAGUUGCGCCUGCCGACACCUACCUGCUGCUUGGCUCUUCAGCGUAAUGAAAGUUGUGGACUCUUCUCCUGCACCGUCUUGAAAAUACCAGGACAGAAAUGUUUGCUGGGUGUAAUUGUGAAGAGGGAGGCAAAAAAACCCCCCCAAAAACAUCCAAAACAAGAUGGCGCAUGACAUGUCGGCAUUUGCGGCAGUGCUGUGUUCAUGUGGCAUUGUGAUAUUUUAAGUCAUUCCCUGAUACAGUAGUCAUUCCGCGGAGAACGUUUGUAAAUUCUCCCCGUCUGUCGUUCAGGCCGCUGCCUCAUCGGGUGAGACAAGACGGGCUUUUCAGGGUAGGGGACUGCUCACACUGGAAAGACGCGACAAGGCUGCAGUUACUUGUCUCUAAAUUAAAUAUCUCUGCAAAAUAAACAACAGAC